UGAAAAUACUCUGCUUGUGAGGGCGAAUGUAAGCGAUAAUUGGAUGCAGUGAACCAAGCAGAUAUUUUCUUAGUGGAAUUUGAUCUUUAGGCGAUAUGAUUUCUAUGAUUACGUUGCAGCUUUAAAUCCACUCGUCAUAUGCGUGUUCUCUUGGAUUUCCCAAAUAGGAUGAUCGCGCAGUGAGUUCAUACUUCUUAGUGAAAUUUGAAAGCGACCUACCAGUGAACGUUAAAAACGACUGAACCAAGCAACAAAGAGAAGCGUCGACCCGAUCUACAUCAAGCUCGAUUUCAUUCUUAUCAAUGGCAGAAGCAGUCAAGAGGUCAUCAGAUACCAAGUAUGCAGUGGUUACAGGAGCAAACAAGGGGAUUGGAUUUGAAAUAUGCAGGCAGUUGGCUUCACAUGGGAUUGUAGUUGUAUUAACAGCCAGAGAUGAGAAGAGAGGCCUUGAAGCUCUUCAUAAACUAAAAGACUCCCCUCUCUCUGAGCUUAUUGUGUUUCAUCAGCUUGAUGUGGCUGACGAUGCCAGUAUCGCUGCUUUUGCUAAUUUCAUCAAAACUCAAUUUGGAAAGCUUGAUAUCCUGGUUAAUAAUGCUGGUGUUAAUGGAAUUGCAGUUGAUGAUGCUACUUUCAGACCCGAGUCUGGUAAGGAAGCUGCAAAUGUCGAUUGGCAAUGGCAUAAAAAAACAACUCAAAACUAUGAGUUAGCCGAAGAAUGCCUGAAAAUAAACUAUUAUGGUGCUAAAAGAAUGGUUGAGGAAUUUAUUCCCCUACUUCAGUUGUCUGAUUCACCGAGGAUUGUUAACGUUUCGUCCUUGCUGGGGAUAUUGAAGUACGUGUGUAAUGGAUGGGCUAAAGAAGUUUUGGGGGAUGCUGACAACCUUUCAGAAGAGAGAAUUGAUGAGGUAUUGAGCAAGUAUCUAGAAGAUUUUAAAGAAGGUUCACCAGAAAGCAAAGGCUGGCCUAGUUUUUUGUCUGCCUAUAUACUUUCAAAAGCUGCUAUGAAUGCUUACACAAGGAUCCUCGCCAAGAAGCUCCCAACUUUUCGCGUCAAUUGUGUCACCCCUGGCUUUGUCAAAACGGACAUAAACUACAACAAUGGCUUACUAUCUGUUGAAGAAGGGGCAGAAAGUCCAGUGAGAUUAGCAUUGUUGCCUAAUGAUGGUCCUUCUGGUUGCUUCUUUAAUCAGAAAGAGGAGUCGCCAUUUUGAUUGGACAAAAGUAUACACAGUAAGGGUUUGUGUAUAGCUGGAGACAAUCUCAGACUCUGUAUCCUGAAGUCUUAGGAAAACCAGUAUCAUUCAGAAUGUAUGUAGAAUAGCAAGUUUGUAUAUUCUUUAUGGGAAACAUGGUAAUCUGUGUCGAUAUUCUAAAAUAUUACGGGAAAAACUAAAGAAAGUAUGUAUUCAUAUGAAUAUUAGCUUUUUAUUAAUAAUUAUGUGUAAAAAUAAAUAUA